GAUUUUCUUCAACAUCCUUUUCUGUUUCUGUUUUCAUAACAUCAUGCCGUGACUUAAGCACUCAUUCGAUCGACUUUUUCCAACGGGUUUAGAGGAGAAAUUUCCCUCUGAAUGGACACCAGCUCACCCUAGCCCGCAUUGUGCUUCAAUCUUUUGAGAACCAUCGGAGGUCAAAGUCUUCAAGAUGGGCCAGAGCGACCAGUUGCUGGAGCACAUUUUGAUCAACUACCGCUGGUUUUUUGUGUGCUUUUUCCUGCUCCCGGCCUCCUUCUUUUAUGAAGUCUGGAAUUACUUCAGAAACAGCAUCGUAUUUAAGCUGAGCAGUGCGCCUGGCAAACAUGCUGCCAAAGUGCAAAAAGUUCAAAAACAGGUUCGAGAGUGGAACAGAAAUGGUCAGAAAGGCCAUAUGUGUACGGCUCGACCAGGCUGGCAGACCAUGAGCUUUCGACAAGGAGUUUAUAAAAAAAGCUUUCAUCAAGUUGAAGUCAACCUGGUUGAUGUUUUAGAAGUUGAUACAAAAAACAAGACUGUCCGAGUAGAACCUUUGGUUUCAAUGGGUCAGUUAAGUGCUGCAUUGUCGCCCUUGGGCUGGACUAUUCCUAUUGUUCCUGAAAUUGAUGAUUUGACUGUUGGCGGUCUAAUCAUGGGCACUGGAAUAGAGUCUUCGUCACACAAGUAUGGUCUUUUUCAACACAUCUGUGUUGAAUAUGAACUUGUCUUAGCUGAUGGCAGCCUUGUUACUGUGACUAAGGAAUCAGACCCUGACUUGUUUUAUGCUGUUCCAUGGUCUUACGGUACUCUUGGUUUUCUCACAGCUGCCAAAAUCAAGAUCGUGCCAUGUACCAAGUAUAUCAAAUUGAACUACAAGCCAGUGUAUUCACUAGAUGAUGCUGUGAAAGAGUUUUCCGAUGCCUCAAUGAGCAACAAUCAAUUUGUCGAGGGUAUUAUGUUCACCUUAAAUAAAGGUGUUGUCAUGACAGGAAACAUGGUUGAAGCACCGCAGCACAGCGACAAGGUCAACAAAAUUGGGAAGUGGUACAAACCUUGGUUUUUUAAGCACGUGGAGAGCUACCUGGUCACAGGAAAAACUGGGAGCGAGGUCAUUCCUUUGAGAGACUAUUACCAUCGACACACAAGAUCUAUUUUUUGGGAACUGCAGGAUAUUGUUCCAUUUGGAAACAAUAGGCUGUUUCGUUUACUGCUUGGCUGGAUCAUGCCACCAAAAAUCUCGUUCCUUAAACUAACACAGACAGAUGCUGUGAAAAGGCUGUAUGAAAAUAACCACAUUAUUCAAGAUAUGCUUGUACCUGUAACCAACCUCAAGGAAUCGCUGCAAGUUUUUAAUAAAGAAGUGAAGGUGUAUCCUGUUUGGCUUUGCCCUUUCAAACUCUGUGCUGAUCCAGGAAUGCUGAAAACACCAAAAGAAAGGAUGUUUGUGGACAUUGGAGUUUAUGGCGUACCUGAUCCCAAUACAGACUUUCAGCCUCGAGAGACUACAAGGAGGAUAGAAAACUUUGUUAAAAAAUGCCAAGGCUUUCAAAUGCUUUAUGCUGACACUUACACCACCAAAGAAGAAUUCCGACAAAUGUUUGAUCAUACUCUCUAUGACCGAGUCAGGAGACGACUUAACUGUGGCAAAGCAUUCCCGGAGGUAUAUGAUAAGGUCAGCAAAGCAGCCAGAUAUUAAUUGGCCUCUACAAUGUGAUACAUUUUUUACUUUGAUUUUUUUUUAUUGUUUAUAAUUACCAAUUCCUAUUUCUUUGAUGUAUUAUUGACCUUUUAUAAUGCACACACAUACUGCCUCCAGGUAUAUUCAAAAAUAAAAUUCUUUUUUUCAAUUUGAUACUAUA